GUCUGGGAUCAAUGCAACGUGGUGCAAGAUUACUUGACAGUGUACGACGGCGGCUCAACCUCCGACAAGGUGCUGGUUAGACUUUGUGGAGGUGACGCGGUGCCAGACAUAGUUAGCAGUCAUAACACGAUGCUUUUGGAGUUUCACACGUCUCCGUACGACAAUCCCUUUCAUCCUGUUCCUUUGUCGUUCUUGCCCGGCUUCGAGCUCGAGGUUCAGGUGCUGUUCGUGGACGAGAAAUCCCGGAGUUUCGUCAAGGAGAACAACAACUGCGACUUUUAUAUAUCCAGCGACGAGAGCUCGUCCGGCGUCCUGGAGAAUCCGAAACACUCACUGCCGCCGAACACGACCUGCCGUUACCAUUUCCAGGGGAAGCCGAACGAGAUCGUUUGGCUGUCGUUCGUCAAGUACUACGCUGCCAGUGCCGAUGCCGCGGCGAGCAUCGACGUCGCCUCCGACUGCAACGCGAAGCUCCUCAUCUGGGACGGUGAUCGCGCGCUAGAUAAAUUAAUUCCUACGCGUAAGAAUAUCACUCUGCUGGGGCAGUUCUGCAAGGACGACACGCCGCGUCUCUGCGACCACAGUCUGCUGCGGAACGGAAGUCGCCACGCGAGGCCGUGCAGCCUCGCGGAGAGCUACGUCUCCACCGGCAGGGAUCUCACUCUGGAGCACAUACUGCGCCAAGGAAGUGCACUUUAUCCGAUAAGCUUUGUACUGCGUUACGAGUUCGUGCACGAGGCGGCCUCCUGCAACCACGUGUUCGGCUUCGCAUCGGCUUCAUCCACGUCUUCCACUUCAUCCUCUUCGUCCUCUUCGUCCUCUUCGUCGUCGUCGUCGUCGUCGUCAUCGUCGUCGUCAUCAUCAUCCUCCUCGUCCUCCUCCUCCUCUUCAUCCUCUUCGUCUUCUCUACUGCCAUCGCCUGCCAAGGCAGGGAAAUUCGCGUCGCCGAGAAGUGUAUUCUUUUACGGUCGUGGUGGUGCGCAGAACGUUAGCUGUGUGUAUCGUUUCGAGGCCGAGCCGGACCACAGGAUAGAACUGUCCAUAAGCAAGGCCUCGUUCGGAGAUAAGGGAUGUUCCUCGUACGUAGACCCGCUGGUCAAUCGGUGGACUUGCGAUCGACGAAUCGGCGAUUCUACGAAAUUCGGCACGGCGGAGUUGGUCGUCGCCGAGUAUCCAUGGCAGGGUGUGGAAUUGGUCCGCGAUUGCCUGUGCUCGAACGUGAGCGACCGUGUCGUCCUGAGGACACUGACGUCGAACGUGAUCGAGGUCCGGUUCACGGUGACGUUGAUGAACGUCACGCAAGACUACAGGGACUUUUAUUUCGAGGGGGAGUACCGUUUCGUCGCGCUAGGGGCGGAGACGAGCGAGCAGGGGUGCUCGACGAAGCUCGAGGAGCGACGAUUGCGCGGGACCAGCGGCGAAAUCUCCCUGAGAAGUCCACUGCCGCGGAUGAUACCUGGCGUCGCCGCCGUCGAGGAGAUCCUGACCAAUACGGAGGAUCUGACCGCGACACAAUGCGUGAACGAACCGUGGCUCAUAGAGCCCGAGGACGCGCGCAUCAAUUAUUUGUACUUAAGAACGGCUGGCUACAGCAUCACCUUGGACAACGUCGAGGAAUGCACGACGCUGAACAGAAUCGUCGUCUAUUCAGCAGCGAACACGAAGGAACGUAGCGUGAUAUGCCCCGAGCAUGGGGUCGACACUGCCAGAACCGUGGACUUUUUCUCCGGCGGUUGGAACUACAGUGUCAUUAAUACUACCGUGGCCAUGAUGCAGCAUUCCAGGAGCUUCGUCGUCGAGUUCCUGCAGAGGGAGCCUGGAUUUUACGCGGUCACGUGGAUGGCCAUUUCGAAAAGGUCCCCGAGUUCCAGCGUCGGGCCCAAUAUCUUCACUGUACUGCCGCACGAGGAUUGCCCGUAUCGAUGUCCCGAGAUUCAAGCGUGCAUCAGUUCUCUGUUGUGGUGCGACGGUAUCCGCAACUGUCCCUCGGGCUUCGACGAGGAGGAGGACAACUGUUCGUACCGUUUCGGCGUGACGUUGCUGUACGUGGCUAUAGGCGCCGGCGCCCUAGGUAUAUUCCUGAUCCUGUUGCUCGCCACCGGUUGCCUCAAGUACUGCCUCUAUCGGCACAAGGCUCGCAAGAAGAAGAAGAACGUCGUCCUGAACGUGAAUCACCUCCACGUGAAUCACACGCACCACAACAACGGCCUGACCGGAAGUCGCUUGAGCGGCCGCUACAAUCUCGCCACGCCGCAAGAGAUGUAUCUGGAGAACUACGGGAAGGACAGUAUUUGUUGACAAUACGCCAUUGCCAAUAUCGAGACCACCGUGUGAAUAUUGCAGGAUUUAAAAGAGAGAGAAAAUACGCCUACCUCGCUGGCCUCUUCGAUCCACACCUCCCUCCUCCCCCACAAUAAUCCCCUCAACAAUCACCUCUCGCGUAAAGAACGGAAGCGAACGACGGAACGGGAUAGCGCGAUAAGCAACAACAACAAAGAGACAAACAAUAUGUACGCAAUAAUCGUAUUCAACUCUCGUAGACCAAUUCUCGAAGGCGUGAAAGGAGCGAGUUACGGAUUCUUUCGAAAGUCUCGACCACGAUCCACGAUUUGUCUCGAAGCCAGCAGUGUGUGUGUGUUCGAUUCGGCAGGAGAAGAAAAGGGGGUUGAGGGCUACUUCAGUCUUUUUUGGAUCAAUGGGACUAAGGAUCGCGAGGUCUCGAGUCUUCCGGACGUAGAAAUGGACGAAGAGUGGAUCGAAUCGACGAAGAAGCGUUGCCGAACAAUUCGUGCAGCACGUGGUUUAUCACGGCUGAUGCCGCCGUAUAUCACAGUAUAGCACUAGGAACACACGAUUUCCC